UCCGCCCCUCAAAGACAGAGUGUGGUUGGUUUACUAAGGUUCCGCCCUCAUCUCGUACCGGACGCAGCUCGCCAUGUACCGCUCUCUGCGAAGCGUUCAGCGGUUCAGCUGCAGCACCGUGUCCCUGCAUAGACCCCUCACCAGGAUAAGGACCAGGUCUGUCGUUGGAGCGGCCGUCACCCCCUGCAGAAUGGCCAGUUCAGAGUAUAGGAUUGAGGCGGACACCUUUGGGGAGCUGAAAGUCCCGGUGGAUAAGUACUAUGGCGCCCAGACGGUCCGAUCCACCAUGAACUUCAAGAUAGGGGGUCCAUCUGAGAGGAUGCCCAUCCAGGUCAUCCAGGCCUUUGGGGUCCUGAAGAGAGCCGCAGCAGAGGUGAACAAGGACUACGGCCUGGACCCCAAGAUUGCUGAUGCCAUCAUCCUGGCUGCAGAUGAGGUAGCAUCAGGUAAACUGGACGAGCAUUUCCCCCUGGUGGUGUGGCAGACGGGCUCGGGCACUCAGAGCAACAUGAACGUCAACGAGGUGAUCAGCAACAGAGCCAUUGAGAUCCUCGGAGGGAAGCUGGGAAGCAAAGACCCCGUCCACCCCAAUGACCACGUGAACAAGAGCCAGAGCUCCAACGACACCUUCCCGACGGCCAUGCACAUCGCUGCGGCCACCGAGGUCCACACGGUGCUGCUGCCGGGCCUGCAGGCGCUCCACGACGCACUGGCCGCCAAGGCCGACGAGUUCAAAGACAUCAUCAAGAUCGGACGCACGCACACGCAGGACGCCGUGCCCCUCUCCCUCGGACAGGAGUUCAGCGGCUACGUGCAGCAGGUGAAGUACAGCAUGGCCCGGAUCAGGGCGGCCAUGCCCCGGGUGUACGAGCUGGCGGCGGGCGGCACAGCAGUCGGCACGGGGCUCAACACACGCAUCGGCUUCGCCGAGAAGGUGGCCGACACUGUGGCCUCCCUCACAGGCUUGCCCUUCAUUACGGCCCCCAACAAGUUUGAGGCGCUGGCGGCCCAUGACGCGCUGGUGGAGCUGAGCGGGGCGCUGAACACGGUGGCCGUCAGCAUGAUGAAGAUCGCCAACGACGUGCGCUUCCUGGGCUCUGGCCCGCGCUCCGGCCUGGGGGAGCUCAUCCUGCCGGAGAACGAGCCGGGCAGCAGCAUCAUGCCAGGCAAGGUGAACCCCACCCAGUGCGAGGCCAUGACCAUGGUGGCAGCCCAGGUGAUGGGGAACCACGUGGCCGUCACCAUCGGAGGCAGCAACGGACACUUUGAGCUGAACGUCUUCAAACCCAUGAUGAUCAAGAACGUGCUGAACUCGGCCCAGCUGCUGGGCCACGCCUCUGUCUCCUUCACCACCAAUUGUGUGGUGGGCAUCCAGGCCAACACGGCGCGCAUCAACCAGCUGAUGAACGACUCCCUCAUGCUGGUGACCGCCCUUAACCCUCACAUUGGUUAUGACAAAGCGGCCCAGAUAGCGAAGACGGCCCACAAGAAGGGCACCACGCUGAAGGCCAUGGCCGUGGAGCUGGGCUACGUCACCGAGGACCAGUUCGACCAGUGGGUGAGGCCCAGCGACAUGCUCGGCCCCAAAUAAACACCAGCACCGCCACCAGCACCGGCUCCCUGGAGAAACAAGAGCAUCUGUAGGGGAAUAGAAGUAUCCAGUGGCCCUGGGAAUGGGAGGUGGAGGUGGAGGGCAGAGCCAGGGAAGGAGGACACGGCCGGGGGGUUAAUGUGCUUCAAGGACCUUUUGCCAAUUCAACUCAUCCCAACCUUUACAAAGCUCCCUUGUGAUUCAUGAUGCUGACAUUAUGCUAUAGCCCAAGAAUAGGGCGACUUGUUCCAAUAUUACAGGAGGGAUACCUGACGGUGUGUAAAGGGGAGAUCCACACUACAGUUCAGGUCUGUCUGAGGGGUUCAGGACAGCUGGUGUCGGUUUCAUUGCGCAUUUUUGUGUAAAAUAAACAAUUGAAACAGA